AUGCCAGCCGGCAGUCUAGACAGCCUUAUCAUUUCUCCAGAUGACUUCCAACGAUACAAUGGCCAUCACGCCUUACAUACUCUCGAAUUCCCCCGUGCCCCAAAUGACAUGUCUACUCUCCCCGUCGAUCCAAAAGCCACACCUCACGACAUCUCACAAUGGCUCCGACAGCCAGGGACGAGAUCAAACUCGGACAAUGCCACCAUGAAAAUUCUCCUAAUCCAAACCCAUAAUCAGUCUACUGCCAAACGGCCGCCCGGCCUUAUCUCAGCCCCACCGCCCGCCGCAGCAACUCGACAACCAUCACAAUCUCAAAUAUCAGGACAUCAGAGACAGGCUGAAUUCGUUACUGAAAUACUUUCUCACCUCGACCUUCCCCUUGCUGCGUUCGGGGCAUAUGUAAAGGCUCAUAUUACUUUUAUAUGUGUUCCGACAUUUUCAUUACAUUCCCAAUCCAAUAAUACUUCCAAGAAUAAGUCUACUUCCUACUACUGUAGUGGGACGAGUUGGACGGUGACUUGGUCUCACAAUUACGCAACCAAUCAUACUGCAGCGGUCAUGUGGUAUCGGGAAGGCGAUGGCGACCAGCGAAAGAACGAGGUUCUGACGGACCUUCUUCGUCUCCAGACUCACUUGUCUCAUCCUAUGCUCCUUGGUUAUAUCAAGACAAAGGUCUCGUUGAGUUUCACCUUCGACAUGCUUGAUGAUAUGAAUCGAGAAACUCUGGCUCUUGAACAACAAAUUGGGUUCAAGACCUGGAACUGGGUCCUUGAUCGUGUGGAGCCUGGAAGUGGGGUUGGCGAAAUCCAAGAUCAAGCGGUUGAAGGGUUCAAUGUCCUUUCAGGCAAGCUGACCAACAUCCGGUUCCGUCUCAAGACCUUCCAACAACAAAUUAAGUUUAUUUCGAGAUGUAAUAAUCAAUACCGACAGACCCUCGACCCAACCGCGCCUACUUUUCAGUCGUCAUGGCGUGAGUGCGAAGAACUCGACCAUUUCAUGAAUGUGAUGUGGGACUAUACUUUCAUCCACCUCUUCGACGCUGACUCAUUAGGCGAACGGCUUCACAAUGCCAUGUCCUCAGUCUUUCAAUUAACGACGCAGCGCGAUUCCCGUGCGAGUCUUGCGGUUGCCGACAUCAACAACGAACUCGCGUGGCAAGGGAAGAAUACCAACAAAGCAAUGAUGACCAUUGCGUUCGUGUCCUUGCUGUUCCUCCCCGGUACCUUUGUCGCCUCAUUCUUUGACACUCCGAUUUUCAAUUUUGCGUUGCCGGCCGACCACAAGCAGAUUAUCGUGCCACUGCCGUUCGCCAUAUACUGGGGCGUGAGUGUAGUGUUGACGUUGAGUCUAGUAAUAGCGUGGAUGAGCUAUCUUCGCCGGAGCAAAGAGAUGGAUCUGCGCGAACGUGAGAUCGAAAGGAGACAAUUUCACGAGCGGAUACGUAGGUGGCAACCCGGGGGUCCGGCGGCCGUGUUGUUGGAGGGCAGGAAUGUCGGCAACGACGCCACCCCCAAGACCGCCGAAAGACGCUCCACGUGGGAUUUUCUGAUGAGGAACAACAAGACUCGCGACGGCCGCCAGGCGAGAGAUCGCGUCAGACGUUGGAGAACUCAAGAGGAGCUCUAUGGAAUCCCGCUGCGGCAAUCAUACGCGAACUCUGGAGCUGGCAUUGGAUCAACGAAACCGUCGUAUCUCGACCCCAGGGGACAAGAGGGUGGUGGCUGGCAGGCAGCCGUGUACGACGCAUGA